AUGCUAGUUCUCAGGUUGCUCAAUGUUGUCGCUCCAGCCUACUUCUUGUGCAUCUCCCUAGUGACCUUCGUCCUCCAGAUCUUUGUCUUCAUCCCCAGCAUGUUCAGAGACCCUUCCACCACCCCACUUUUCUCGCCUGCUCUGCUGCAUGGGGCCCUCUUCCUCUUCCUCUCAGCUAAUGCCCUGGGCAACUACGUCCUUGUGAUCCAGAGCUCCCCCGAGGACUUGGGCAAGGACUUAAACUUGGGCGAAGGAGCUGAAGUGGCAGACUGGCUGGAUGGAAACAGGUCCCUUGGCUCAGCCUUGCCCAGCACUCACUUCUGUAGACUGUGUGCCAGAGUCACCCAGAGGCAUGACCACCACUGUUUCUUCACAGGGAACUGCAUCGGGAGCAGGAACAUGCGAAACUUCAUCAUGUUCUGCCUCUACACCUCCCUGGCUUGCCUUGACUCCGUGGUAGCAGGCAUGGCUUACAUUUCUGCUACACUUUCCAUGUCCUUUGCGGACCCACUGGCCUUCCUUACUCUUCUGCCUCACUCCAUCAGCCAAUUCUUCUCAGGAGCUCUCCUUAGCUCUGAGAUGUUUGUCAUCCUCAUGCUCUACCUCUGGCUUGGGAUUGGACUGGCCUGCGCUGGCUUCUGCUGUCACCAGAUGCUGCUGAUCCUGCGUGGGCAGACACGGUACCAGGUGCGGAAAGGAAUGGUGGUAAGAGCCCGGCCCUGGAGGGACAACCUGCAAGAAGUCUUUGGCAAGAAGUGGCUGCUAGGACUUUUCAUCCCUGUGCGGAACGCGGAGGGUAGAUACCGUAGGCAGAAAGAGAAAUAA